AUGAGUAAAGUCGAUACACGACCCAUCCAGCUCGCCGCGAGCCCGUCCGCCCAGUCCCUUCGAGACGUUACCACCGCCGCGUCUGCUGCCUCCGCCACCUCUUCCAGCACCCUCGACACCGCCCACUCUCCUCCCUCCACCUGCUUCGUCUGCCUGGAACCCUGCGUCGCCGGCAGUGCCGCCAGCCUCCGCACCCGCCAGGACGUCCAAGCCCUCGUCUGCCGCCUCACCGUCAACGGCGUCCGCGUCCCGCACGGUGCGCCCUUUACGUCCGUCGUGCGCGGCGACUACUAUGCACGCCCCUCGGCCUUCGACUGCCACGCCUGCGGCGCGAGCGUCUGCUGCCUGUGCCUGUGCCGGUGCCUGCGGGCCGGCAUCCAGUACGUCGCGCGGCACCCGCUGACGUGCGCGUGCGGCGACGUGCCGCUCAUCAACGCGUCCACCGUCCUGUUUCUGUCGGCCGAGCAGACGCACCAGCUGUACCUGCGGUGCGACGAGUGGUUCUGUGCCGAUCCGCUAUACUGUCCGGAGCCGACGUGUUCGGCGUACCUGCCGAUGUUGCCGUGCUUGCAUGGGGGUCGUGAACACGACAAGGGCGACAAGGGUGACAGAAAGACGCACGGCAAGGCCGAGGGGCACGGCCGCCAAACGGCCCGCACAGGCCGCACAGACCGCACACGCUGUGUGCGGUGCGACGUGCCCGUCUGCACGCAGUGCAAAGGACGCGCCGACGAUGCAGCCCACCGAGCCGACGACCGCGUGGGCGCCGGCAACGAAAACGAAAUCGGAAUCGAAAACGUAAACAUGGGCGGCCCACCGGUGCCGUGCACGCGGCCCAACGUCCACUGGGACAAGGAGGUCGAGCGUGUCAUCCAAGAGAAAGGCUAUCGAAAGUGGUACGUCCGUCCCUAG